ACACUUUCAUACUAUUUUUCUCAUCCUUUACUACCAAAUAUCACAUUUGAGUACAAUGGUUUCCAAAAAUGCAAUCCUCGUACUUGGCCUAUUGGCCAUGGUUGUUCUUAUUUCAUCAGAGGUGUCAGCUUGGGACUUAGCAGAGACUUCCACUAAUACCAAAGAGGAGGUUGUUGAAAAGUCAGAUGAAAUAAAUGAUGCCAAAUAUUAUGGUGGAGGCUACGGUGGUUACCACAAUGGCUAUGGUGGUUACCACAAUGGCUACGGUGGUUACCAUGGCGGAGGUUACCACAAUGGCUAUGGUGGUUACCAUGGUGGUGGUGGUUACCAUGGUGGUUACGGUGGUUAUCAUGGUGGUGGAGGUGGUUAUGGAGAAGGCUACGGUCAUCAUGGUGGUGGUUACAAUGGUGGUGGAGGAGGUUACGGUCAUGGUGGAGGUGGUUACAAUGGUGGUGGAGGAGGUUACAGUCAUGGUGGAGGUGGUUACAAUGGUGGUGGUUUUGACGAUCGUAACUGAUUAUAUCAUGAUGCAUGCAGGUAGUAAGUGUAAUAAAUUUCAUGAAGUAAAUAAUGUUGGGGUUGAAGAAAAGAGGUAUAGAUAGACAUCCUUUCUGGUUAUGUAUUAUCUAUCUCACGAGUCUAUAGUAUACAUAUUUUACGACUCUAUAAAUCAGUGUCUGUCAUGUGUAAUAUAUCAAAUAAAGGGUUAGUUGUUGGAA